AUGACACAACAAAAAGCGACAACGACAAACCUCCCGACAUCCAAACAAGGACGACUCGUUUGGAUCGACUGUGAGAUGACAGGCCUUGAUUGGGACGUGCAUACACUCGUCGAAAUCGCUGUUAUUGUUACCGAUCAAGAAUUAAAGAUAAUCGCUGAGGGCCCUGAUAUUGUCAUUCACCAAACAGAAGAUGUGCUUAAGAAGAUGAACGAGUGGUGCCGGAAAACAUUUCCGGAAAACGGGCUUUUACAGCAAAUUCGGAAGAGUCAAAUUUCGAUGGAAGAAGCCGAAGCACAAAUUUUGUCCUUCCUCGAGCCAUUGGUGGAAAAGGGAACCGCUCCAAUUGCAGGAAAUACGGUUUGGAUGGAUCGAGUCUUCAUCAAGAAGUACAUGCCUCGAUUGGACGAAUAUCUCCAUUAUCGAGUGCUUGAUGUGACUGCGGUUUAUCAGAUUUCGAGUCUUUGGUAUCCCGAGGAACACAAAUCGGUACCGAAGAAGAGAAGAUUGCAUAGAGCACUCAGCGACAUCAGAGAGUCGAUCAACAUGCUGAAAUCUUUAAACAUGAAUGCCGAAUAUGCACAAACUUUGCCACGAGUAACCGAUGCAAAACAAGUUGAUGAGCAAAGAAUUUGGCCUUAUUAUUGUUGGGAAAUACGCUCCUCAAAUGCCUAUCCUCUCGUUGAGCUAAUAUUUUUGUUU